UCUGGGCCUCGGUGUCUCAGUGCCUCGGUCACCGGCGUGGUGGCAGCUCCGUGGCUGCCUGCCCCCUAUCCCCGCCAGGCUCCCUGGAACGUCUUGGCUUUCUAAGAAGCGAGGUCUGGUCCCAGCCCCGCGGAGGUCCUCAGUUGAGUGCGGAGUAGGAAGCUCCUCGCGCGGCAGGAAUGGGCGCAGGGGCUCCGCUCCCAUGUGAUACGUGGAACUGGGGUCGCUUUCUUCAUUUCAGGACUCGUCCAUGCCAAGUUCACCUGCUCCACUGAGAAAGGAAUUACCAUGCCAGGGAAAGGGAAAAGAAAGAAAGGCAAGAACAAGGCUCCCGGGAAGAAGCUGAAGAAACCGGAAGUGGACAUCCUCAGCCCCGCGGCCAUGCUGAACCUGUACUACAUCGCCCACAACGUGGCCGACUGCCUGCACCUGCGGGGCUUCCACUGGCCGGGUGCUCCCAAGUCAAAGAAAGGGAAAAGCAAGACUUAAGCGGUGGUGUUUCACAGUCUGGCUCCAUUACCGAGGACAGACCUUGGGGAAGAGAAAUCAGGAUAAUACAACCAUUGGAAGCCCAAUGGACUUCACUGAAGGCAACUUGAGAUGCAGGCUUUUCUGUGGUAGUUAGUGAUAAAGAAAUGCAUUUUACUCCGCUCAAUCCAGGUAUGGUUAGCCAGCUUGGUUUUUCAGAAGGGAAGGGGAGAAAAUCUGAGUGAUUCCUACACAGCAUGACGUAAUCAGUAGAACUUUAAAAAACUAUUAUAAUCUUGGGUCAGAAUUAAACCUUGCUCUCAAAAACCAGUUCUAGCUUGCGUGAAUUUUCUUUGGCCAAAGGGGUUUAUGUAGAGAAGACAUGGCAAAAGCACAGGCUUUGCUUGUGAACAUCCUUCUCUUGGGCACUGUUUCCUUUCCCUGUCUUUUUCAGAAAAAAUAAUAAAUACUUUGUUUUUAUAAUUUUCUUCUCAGCAGUCUGAUUCUUGCCUGAUUCUAAUUAGCCACA